GSGGGGGGGUUGGUACCCAAAACCCUACUACUACCCUGAAGUGUAAUUUCAGGGAUUAAAAAAAAAAAAAAAAAGAUAAUCGGGACACGUCAUCCAUCCAGUCGUUCGCCCACCAGGGGGGGAUAUAUACGACGGGGCUCCAUCUGCUCUUCUGCGCCAUUAAUAUCGAGAUUGCCGAAGUGUCUUCGGAGUAUCAAGCUCGACAGCUGAGAGAGGGACUUGCAGUCUUGCGCCCUCGUAUACCUAUGGUGUAGCUUCCCCAAGAGUGGGGAUGGCACUGCUGCUGCGCUUACGGUCCUCGUAGAGAGACAGAGACAGAGGGAGACACAGACACAGAGAGAGAGAGAGAGAGAGAGAGAGAGAGAGAGAGAGAGAGAGAGAGAGAGAGAGAGAGAGAGAGAGAGAGAGAGGAGGGGAACGUGAAGAGGAAAGCAGCAUUUGCAUCUCAGUCAUUGGAUAUCGGUUUGUGCAUCCAAUGGCGAUGACUUCAAGGCUGGUGCUUUCUUCCUCUGCUGCUUCAGCUUUGGGGCUGGCAGCGGCCGUCCCGGUGUUGCACAGAGCACGCUCGUCGUCAGUUGCUGCAGCAUUCAGGAUUUGCCGACCGUGUGCACUUACGCUUCACUCUCGUCGAUCUGCCCAGCUCUGCGUAGUCAAGACCACCCCAUGGAAUGCAGAUGAACACAGACAUGGACAUCGCAUCUGCUGCUCACCCCUGAACCCAUCUUGUGGGUGGGUUACACGUUCACGUUCUUGUGAGGGCCAACUCCACCCACACACCAGCAAGCAUUGUCGUCGGUACACCGACACCUUGCGGCGGGCAUCUCGACACCUUGUGGCAAGAUCGAGAGCAACGGAAGUCGAGCGAGCAGAGCAGGAGGAGCAACAGCAAAAAGAGGAGGAGGAGGAGGAGGAGGAGGAGGAGGAGAAGGAGAAGGAGGAGGACACUCGUGUCCCUGUCACGGUGAUUACUGGGUACCUAGGCUCGGGGAAGACGACGCUGUUGAAUUACAUAUUGACAGCCGAUCACGGGAAGAAAAUUGCGGUCAUCGAGAACGAGUAUGGUGAAGUUGAUAUCGAUGGUGACCUGGUCGCGACGAAGCGCAUGGGAGCAGAGGACAUAGUCAUGCUCAAUAAUGGCUGCUUGUGCUGUACGGUGCGAGGGGACCUCGUACGAAUGAUUUUGGAGCUUGUACGGACCAAAAGAGACCGUUUUGAUCACAUUGUCAUCGAAACGACGGGGUUAGCGAACCCGUCGCCAGUGAUUCAGACGUUCUUCAUCGAAGACGAGAUCGCGAUGAAUGCGAAGCUCGACGGCGUUGUCACCGUCGUGGAUGCAAAGCACGCAGCGCAACACAUCGACGAAGUCAAACCGGACGGAGUCGUGAACGAAGCGGUGGAACAGAUUGCAUUUGCAGAUCGGAUCGUGCUGAACAAGGUGGAUUUGGUCAAUGAGAAGGAGAUGGAAGUCUUGAGGAGACGGAUUCGACGCAUAAAUGGCAUGGCAAGGGUGGUACCAACUAAUUAUGGUGUUGUGGAAAUCGAUUAUGUGCUAGGAGUGGGAGGGUUCGAUCUUGAAAGAGUAGAAAAGGAGGUGCAACCUGAAUUGCUAGAGGAGAAGAAGAAAAAGAAGAAGGAAGAGGAGGAGGGGGGUAGUGUAGGGAAGAAGAAAGCUGAAGACGGAGGAAACGGAGAUUUGCCGCAUAGCCACCACGAAGGAGGAGACGCUGAAGCCCACGAUCACCAUAGCCACCACCAUAGCCAUGAGGAGCACGAGGACACCCAUGGCCAUGACCACGAUCACCACCAUGACCACGAUCACGACCACGUUCAUGAUCCUGGAGUGACAUCGGUUAGUAUAGUUUGCGAUGGGGAGCUCGACUUAGAGAAGAUUAAUGACUGGUUGGGAGACUUGCUCCAGGAGAGGAGCGAGGACCUGUACCGGAUGAAGGGUGUGCUGGCAAUCAAAGGAGCCGAUGAGCGAUUCGUAUUUCAAGGCGUGCAUGCGCUUUUCGAAGGGUCGCCGGACCGACCUUGGGGAAAGGACGAGAAGCGGACCAACCGAAUUGUCUUUAUUGGGAAAGAUUUGAACAACGAGGAACUGACACGUGGAUUCAGGUCGUGCCUGGUGGCAGGAGGCAAGUAAGUCUGGAGCGUCAGGAUGCAUAUGGCCGUAAUUACGUCCAGACGUCACUCCGGGCUGAAAGGACGAGAGAAGCGGAUGAACAGAGUUCUCCUUAUUGGGAAGGAUCUGAAAAACGUUUUUUUUUUUCCCCCUCCCCCUUCCCCUCCCCCCCACCCCCGCCCCUCCUCCACCCCCAAGGGCGAUGGAUGGCCUUAGGGUAUUAUCGUCGAACUAACCAGCCCAGGUACAUUGAAUUUUGUGUCGAAUCUGACACCGGGUGGCCUUUUCAGCCCAGGGUGGCCUUUAUUUCUUGCCUGCAGGGACCCCAAUGGGGGGGGGACACCGGCCAGGGGACAUCCGGUAGCAGAGGGACCGAGGGACCAAGCAUCAUCUGAGGGGCCAGCCGAUGAGGGACCUCCCUGAUUACCCCUACCCCUACCCCUACCCCUACUAACAUUAGCAGAGACUGCUUUUUUAUGCCAAUUGGGGAGAGACCAAUGGGCUACCUCGAGGUGGCGGGCGCCAAGCAUGUCCAGGAAGGUACAUGAGGCCAAUGGGGAUUGAACCCAUGACCUCCUGAAUGCCACUUGCGUGCCUUACCAACUGAGCGAGGCCGCUGGUUCUGGUUGUGCUGUGUGGCAGGAAGCGAGUCAGUGAGGAGCAUCAGGGAGAGUGAGGGGGGCAUAUACUCACACCGGGACUUUUCUGCAUCUAUCGGACCGGAAUUACAGCCUGACCUGGAUGCAUCUGGCUGUAAUUACGUCCAGAGCUCACUCCGUCGUGGGGAAAAGGACAAGAAACGGACGAACGGAAUCGUGUUUGUCGGGAAGGAUGUGGUCGGCGAGGAACUGACACGCGGAUUUGAAUCGUGCCUGGUGGCAGGAAGUGAGUGAGGAGCAUCGGGGAGAGUGAGCAGGGGGGGCAUUACUCACACGACUGACACAAGGACUUUUCUGCAUGCAUCUGACCGAAAUUACAGCCUGACCUGGACGUAUCAGGCCGUAAUUACGUACAGAGUUCAGUCCAAAGAGUCCCGGUGUGAGCAUGCAUAUGCCUGUGUCCACCCCUGGUGGCAGGAAGGAAGUAAACGAGGAGAGCAUGCAGGAGAGUGAGGGGGACAUUGCUCACACGAGGACUCUUCUGCAUGUAUCUGACCGUAGUUACAGUGUGACAUGGAUGUAUCUGGCUGUAAUUACGUCCAGAGCUCAGUCGACGAAGUCCUAGGGUGAGCAUGUCUUGAGCCCACGCCUGGUGGCAGGAAGGAAGUGAGUGAGGAGCAUCCGGGAGACUGAGGGGGGCAUUACUCACACAAGGACUUUUCUGCAUGUAUCUGACCGGAAUUACAGCUUGACCUGGACGUACCUGGCUGUAAAUACGUCCAGAGCUCGGUCGAAAACGUCCUAAGUGUGAGCAUGUCUGUGUCCACAGCUCCGGAGCACAUGCAUUACCAUGAUUAAUAGAUAGGACUGCGAGCGACGAAUUUGAGGACUUUGCUGGAUGCAUCUGACUGGAAUUACAGCCUGAGCUGGAUGUAUCUGACCUGAAUUACGUCCCGAGCUCGGUUGAAAAAGUAAGGAAAUGGGAGAGACAAACUAGCAAAUGAUAGUACGUCAAUAUGCUUUCUAGGGGGAUAAAGGCCCUCGCUGCACGGUACACGAAACGAGAAAGAAACAUGUGCAUCUGCCCACAGAAGGUGGCAAAAUACAUUCACUACUGUGUAUGCUAAACGGAUGAAUCAGUCCAUUUUCUGUGGCUAGAUUUUUGUUUCCUGUGUGGUGCGGCGAGGCCCAAAGUUAGGAAACGCAUCAUAUGGACUGUUUGAGCGGGGGCAUGACGUUCUUCCUGAAUUCGACGCCACGGAGCUGAUGCCGGAAAAAUGUCAGGCUGGAAGAGUGAAAGCGUGACGUGUGGGAGAAUUGGGAGAGGGAGGGACCGAGAGUAGAGAACUGGUAAUAGUAUUCAUCAGUUCC